UGGAGUAGGCCGACCAGCCAGCCAACCAGACCCUCAACCGCCCAGCAGCUCUUGGCUGUGUCCCAAGUGGCACCCUAUUCCCUUUAUCGUGCACUACUCAAAUUUAAUUCACUUUUUAGAGAAUAGGGUGCCAUUUGGGACGCUCAUCCCUCUCUCUUACCACUGGAGCUCCAAUAGGAAUACCCUCUGUUCUGUCACAGACCCCCGGGUGACAUCACUCACAGAAAGCCACACUGGCCUACUCCCAGCCCAGCCUCGCCAUUAGAGUGCUCUGGCAGUGGCAACUGACCUAGCAGAGUCACAGGCAGCAGGACCCAGCAGCAUCCGACACCUCUGAGGCCAACUCUGACACUAGAGAAGGUGAAACGGUGGCCAUGAACUACAAGCCCUCCCCACUGCAAAUGAAAAUAGAGAAACAGAGAGAGCUGGCCAGGAAGGGAUCAGUAAAGAAUAGCCCCGUCAACCACCAACCUAAGAAGAACAACGUCAUGGCCAGAACACGUUUGGUGGUGCCAAACAAAGGCUACUCCUCUUUAGACCAGACCAGCCCGGAUGAGAAGCCCCUGGUAACGCUGGACACAGACAGUGAUGAUGACUUUGACAUGUCCAGAUACUCUUCGUCUGGAUACUCCUCAGCCGAGGUGAGAUGUCUGAGGGACCAGCAAAUCAACCAGGAUCUCAACAUCCAGCUUCUGAAGGACGGUUACCGGCUGGACGAAAUCCCUGAUGACGAGGAUCUGGAUCUGAUCCCGCCCAAAUCAGUCAACCCCACCUGCAUAUGCUGCCACGCCACCACCUCCUCAGCCUGCCAGAUCCAAUAGCCCCUCCCACAAUAUAUGCCAUGACUCCGCCCCCUGCAGUGAGCUCACCUCACCACUGGGGCGGCAGCAGGGAGAAAGAAUGCAAUGAUCGGUGUGGGAGAAAAAACAGAAGAAUAGGUCUAUUGGAAUUAGUGUGGAUAUGCAAAGGGUGAAAAUGCACAAAAUAUGUACUCCUAUGGUAGGACAUGUGCUUACAUUUGUUUGUUACGUUCCAGUGAGGUGCUAGGUUUUUUUUGUCUGAGUAGUAUUCUUGGAAUAAAACACAAAGACAAAAGAAGGACUCAAGAAUGCAGUGUUUCCAAGAUGGCCUGUUGUGGAAUAGAUCUUCGCCUUUGCAUGUCCUCCUGAAAGUCUUUGUUUCUGUUACGGUACGUAUGGAGGGAUUAACAGCCAAUGUACUGUGAGCAUGGAAAAAUAACAAACAUUUGAUUGAACAGAAUGAAUAGUUGUCUAAGUGUGCAUCAUGUCCAAAAUAAAACAUGUUCAGUAUGCCAACA